GAUAAAUUCUGAGAAAAUGGAGCAAAGCCAAGAAGAUUCCCUUCCCAUAAUUCCUAAAUCAAUAUGGGAGGAAGACCCAUCUCUUCGUGGAAAAUCAGUGAUUAACACUCGUUGGAUGAGCCUGAACGACAAAAGGAAGCCUUGAAAUUACUGCCUUAAUCCAAAUCUAGAAGAGAAUCACUUCUAUAGAUGGGGGUUCUAUUCAAGCAAGAUGAGGACAGAUGACUACGAGAAGCUACUAGACCUAGGCUUUGAACGGUCAGGGACCUGGCUGUUCAGACCAGACCCAAUAACCUCUUGUUGCCCUCUUUACAUCCCAAGACUUGAUAGUACAGAGUUCAAGCUCUCAAAUCAGCAAAAGAAGCAUAUGAAGAGGUUCAAUCAGUACAUAAACGGUGACCGAGAGUUUAAGGCUACCAUGGAACCCAUUGUUCUCAAAGAUCUAGAAGAGAUCAAGAAAGAGCAAAAGAAGAAAAACUACGAAUCUUUCUUGGAUAAUUUAAAGAAUGAACGAAAAGAACUCAGAGAGCUCUUAUUUGACUGUAUUUUGAAUAAGGGAACGUUCAUCGACGAAGGGCUUACUAACGAGAAAUAAAGAAGAGAUCAAAAAUCUCACGAUCAUCGAAGAUAUUGAAAUUCCAGAUAGCUUAAGCAACAGAGCUCAUUAUUCUUGAGAUGUAGUUGAUGUCAUUCUUGAAGAGUCACAGAAUCCUGAAAAAGAAGUUUUUAGGCCUAUUUUGAUUCAAGCUUGAAAGGAACUUUGCUCUGUAAACAUCAAUUUAAGAAUGAAAUUCAGUAUCAUAAACUCAGAUGAGUCUCUGAUAUUCCAGUCUAACAAAUUUCUUAGUAUCAAAAAUGCUCAGGAAAGUAUUGUAAACUCUGAAGAGCAGCCGAAGAUGAACAAAUACUACGAAAUCGGCUAUAUAGAAACAGGCGAGGAAGAAAAGAUCGCUCUUGAGGCAUCUAAUUCCAGACCAUAUACUGACUUCUUUGAAGAAUUUGUACCAAACACCAAAAAGGAAUCCGAGAGGGCACACAAAUACACUGUAUCUUUACAUAAAGCAAUCUGAUACAAAGAGAAUUUGGAAUUAUUCAGAAAAUUUGAUCUUAUCAGGUUUGGAAAGGAAAGAGUUAAAGGAGAUUUUGACACCUUCUUAACAAACAGCUGCUUGUAUGACCCUCGAGACCCACAUUUCUCGAAUACCACAACUUAUUUGGGGGAGGACAAGCCUGAUGAGAAUAGAGCAUUUAAAGAUGAAGGAGUAUACCCAGAAUUUUACGGCUCUUAUCAUAUUCAUCAUAGGAUUGAUGGGAAGUUAAUAGCCAUUAAUGUCUGGGACAUAACUGAAAAUACUCUGAGCUCUGUAUACACUUUCUACGACCCUGAAUAUAGCUUCCUAUCUCUUGGUCAUGUAACAGCAGUCAGAGAAAUGGAAUACAUGAUGAAAAUUAGAAAUGAAUACAACCCCAAUAUGAGGUUUUACUAUAUGGGCGAAUAUGUUUGGAAUAGCUCUAAAUAGCAAGUAUAAAGGCCAUAUGCAUCCUCAGAAUCUCUUAUGAUCAAUUACACAGACUUUCGUUCCUCUAACUCCAGAGAUAAUUAAACAAAUAGCUGAAGGGAAAGAUCAUCAUUUAAACAAAGAUGCAGAGCCAUUAGUUCACGAAGAAAAUGAAGAAUUACAUAAUUUCCUUACAAACUUCAAGGUCAUACUCGAUAAGGAAAAAUUCUUGAAAAUUCAGAACAUGAGGGAAGAUUUUCAGGAAACAUUCAUCACCCAAAUGAAAGCAUUACACAAAUUCAUGGGAGAUCUCCUAUUCGAAAGAUUUAUUUUUGAGUAUUUGUAG